ACUUUAUUAUGGGCCAACGACAAUCUCAACAGUCAGAUACCAACAAUACAAACACAAACAACAGCAAUAACAACAACAAUAAUGAAGACCCUCCUUCUUCGUCUAAUUCCUCUUCUUCUCUGAAUGAAAACAUAAGAGGAGAUCGAGUCCUUCGUCCUAGACCAAGAAGGUCUACUACGCUUGCAACACCUUAUCGACUUCGAAGAGAACGAUCCUCUGACAACCUUCGACCUUCACUUAGCCAACUUCCUUCAAGAAGUGAGUCUUUUUCACUACCUCGUCCCAGUUCACCCAGUCCUAAUGAGACCAUCAGUCCAUUUUCUCGCAUGAUUGCUCAAGUCAUUAGUGAAGCUGUUGUUGCUUCUUUUCGUAACGAACAGAUGCCCAUCUCAUCGCAACAGGAACAACAACAACAGCAGCAGCCACAACAACAGCAGCAGCAGCCACAACAACAACAGCAGCAGCCACAACAACAACAGCAGCAGCCACAACAACAACAACAACAACAACAACAACAACAACAAUUAACUAUGCAUUUAUCACCUGAGAUAUUUCAACAAAUGGAACCCGAAAGUACAGAAGAUUCGUUUAUGCGGUUUAUGCGAUUACCUGUGAUUGUGACCAGUGUAUCUCGUAACCAUCCUGCAGAUACAACUGCUGUCAAUGCAGAUGGACAAUCGCCUAGUACAGUGGAGGAAGAAACUGAAGUGACCCGUGUGAUGAUGUUGCCUGUCUUUCUAUAUGGUUUAAGAACCAAUACAUCCCAUCCUCCUCCUCAUCCUCCUCAACAACAAGAAACAACACAGCCUGAAUCAACCCACGAAACGCCACCUAGAAGACAAAGUGCCAGAAUUAGAGAACGUGUCGAGCGAGAACAACAACAACAACAAGCAAGAGGAUUAGGUACAGGUCAAUGGACUGUGUACAUCAUUAGUGGUAAUAGUGUAGAGAACAUGAUGAAUGAUAGUCCAAGCUAUGAAGAAUUACUUGAUUUGGCUACAUUUAUUGGUCCUGCACGUCGUCCUACAGUCAGUCAAGAAGCCAUUGAUAGCCAUGUUCCAUUGCUGAAAUAUACGCAACAAGUAAAGCAGACCAUGUUGGGUAAUGCAGAAGGUUGUCAAGUCUGUCUAAAUAACUAUCAAUCUGAAGAAGAUGUCCGUGUCCUUGAUUGUCAUCAUGGGUUUCACAAGGAGUGUAUUGACAAAUGGUUGACAGAAGGACAGAAUAAAUGUCCACUUUGCCGUCAUCAACCUGUACCUACUUCCUAAUAUGCAACUAUAUACCCAUUCUUUAUAUUGUACAUAAAAUUGAAACUCAUUUAAAAAAUAGAGUGACGU